UGCAGUGAACGGGAGACGACCAUGCCCAAUUGUAUUGUUUUAGGCUGUCCGCACAGGUGUGGCAACAAGAACCAGUCCCCGGAAGUCAUAUUACAUUGUUUCCCCCAAACACUAGAUCGAAUAAAGGAUUGGCUUCUCCGGACUGGUCAGAUCUAUGAAGAUCUAGAUGGAUUGGCACAACGCAUCUACGAGAGCAAAAAAACCAAUCCGUAUCGCCUCUGCUCAGCCCAUUUUACAAUAGACAGUUAUAUUAUAAAUGCAACCAAAAGAAUACUUCGACCUAAUGCCCUCCCUAGUAUUUUCCCUCCUCCUGGGGCGUAUUAUGGUCGGAAACGUCCAGGAAGGAGGAAAAAAAACAAGGAUUCCAAUCAGCGUCCCAGAUCCCCACCUCCCUCGGUUUGGAAAGAAUCGUGGGCUGGCAGAGACAAUCUAUGUGAGGGUGAUGACACCAAGCCGGACGUGUCUUGUGUCGAUAUAAGAAAUGCUGAACGGUUCAAUAAAUCUGUAUCUGGCACCGCGUUCAGAGAUCACCCGCAGGUCCUUCACCCCAGGCCAGAUCCUCCUCACUCACUACUGGCUGGAAUUAAAGAAGAGCAGCUUGAAGUGCCGUGUGAUGGACAUGAAAAUAGGGUCAUGCCUCCUCCGAGCAUGCUGGAGUCUAUAAAAUCUGAGAAUAUCGAUGAGCCCCCUGAAGACCAGGAGGAUACAUUUCGUAUUGUAAUAGACUUGCCCACAAAACAAGACAACUGCCUGAAGUGCCUCGGUCUGGAAGAGAAGAUGGAAUCCAGAGGUACAGAUGAGAGUCUCUGUGAGGCAGAAGAGAUGCCAAAAUGUAUUGUGAAGGGCUGUCCGCACUGUGCCGGGAGGAAGAACAGCACGCCCGGCGUGACUCUACACAUGUUUCCCAAGGACUUGACCAUGAUUAAGAAAUGGCUCCAGCAGACUAACCAGGAUUUUGGGGAUCUUGACCUGUUUGCACAGGGGAUCUUGCAAGGAAAAAUGGGAGUUUCCCGUAUUUGCUCAGCCCAUUUUGCCCCAGAAUGCUACUCCAUAGUUGGGUCUCAAAAAAUACUUAUGGAAGGUGCCAUCCCAACAAUAUUCCCUGAGAGGGAUAAACCAUCUAAGAAUGCGACUGCAGCUACCCCAGUGCUCCAGAACAUGUACGUACCUUUAAAUCUGUGGACAAACAACAUGUCUGUGUUAUCAAACGUGGCUCCAUGGGGAGUUAAACAGGUGAUCGGUCCUGGCAUUGCCCUGAAUCCAGACAAUGAGAUGGUCAGAAAUGGUUUGGGGGUAAAUGUCAUUGAUUCAAGUUCAACAACACAAUAUAUUACGGGAGAGAGUCCUGAUGAACAUGGAUAUGUCUUCUAUGAGGAGGUAUAUACCAGUGCUGAUCCACCAGAAGCUGCGCCAUACGAGUGGCCAAAUACUGAGACCUGCCCAACGUUCCCCGACUUGUCAGCUAAUAAGGUGGAUAAAAGCACCCAGUGGCCCGAGCUUGAGUAUAAUACGAGCGGAGAACUCUGGAAAGUUAUGCAUGAUCAUUUCUAUAAAGUACCACACGGCAGCAAGUCUCUAAACAAGGGUCUGAACCGAAGCCUCCUCAUGAUGGAGUAUAUGUCCAAGAAUGGGAUCGAGAACUACUUCCAAGCCAGUCAUACGGAGAGCCAAGUGAUCUCCAUGUUGCAGGACGUGGCCGACAUCUUUGCAAUGGUUCAGAAUGAGAAUUUAAAGACGAUCACAAUACUGAACAAGGCCCUGGAGGUGGUCUCCAUGAUAGCUGGAGAGGAAUGGAUUAUUAUAAACAAGAACUCCAUCCAGAAUGGCCUGCACCAUCUGACCGGAGAGUUUCCGGUGAGGUUUAGCGAUGUGGCAGUCUUCUUCACAAUGGAUGAAUGGUCCUAUGUAGAGCAGCACAAGGAGGACUACGAGGGGUUAAUUACAGACACCGUCCCGGUGGAUCGCGUGUGGGAGGUCCCAGAAGACUGGGAUUCUGAUCCCAUGACUGAUUACUAUGAAGAAGAAGAAGAAGUAAUAGAACAAGAAGAAGUGGAGCAGUAUAUAAAAGAGGAGGAGGAGGAGGAGGAAGACCUGGAAGAGGAGCCCCCAAAAACUCCACUGUCCUCUGACUGGGAACCAGACAGUGAUAUGGAAUCUGAGGAAGAAGAAGCUAAGACCCCUGAGAGCCCUGAGACCUCUGAGACUUUGGUCCCCCCUGAAGAGCCCCCACCCCCAAUGCCCCAUAAGUGUGACCAGUGUGAAGAGGCUUUCCCCGCUGAGGAGGCUCUGGAGGCGCACAAACUGACGCACAUAGAGAAGUGUGAGGACUGCGAGGAACUCUUCAGCACCAAGGCAGAACUCAUCAAACACCGGGCCGAGAACCACGCCACCAAGCGCUACGCCUGCACCAUCUGCGGCAUAGAGUACGAGUACAAGUCUCAGUUCAUCAUCCACCAGAGGGCGCACACCGGAGAGAAACCCUUCGCCUGCGAGCAUUGCGGGAAGAAGUUUGGCCACAGAAGCAGCUUACUCGUCCACCAGAGGAGACACACGGAGGGAAAAACAUUCGAGUGCAAUCAAUGUGACCGACGCUUCGAUAAGAAGAGCGAAGUCCUCCGCCACGAGAGGAAGGUCCACGAGAGGAAGAAGCCCCAGUGCACCAAGUGCAAGAAGACCUUCCAGUAUAAAAGGACCCUGGUGAAGCACAUGCGGGACCACGACCACGAGUUGAUUGACGAUGAAGGCCAGCCCCACACGAAGCCGUACAAAUGCAAGAAAUGCGAUAAGAGGUUUAAAAAGAAAGGAAAUUUAGAGAAACACAAGUGGGAUCACGACUCAGACGAAUAAGGCUGUUGGAGUUUUGUUUUUUUUUGUUUUUUUUCGGUGCUACAGUAGGUCUGGGAGGGGUGUGGGGGGAGGACCCGUGUGCUGCGUUGGCCCCAUAAUUCCAAAUGCUGGGCAGCAGGUUCUUCUAGGCUUCACGUAGCCCAGAUCAUAUUCAAUAAUGGUCGAAUUCGGACCCGGUUACCGAUAUCUAGAACAUUCCAGUCUUUAUGGUUCUAUGUUCAUUAUUGAAUUUCUUAGGUGGGGCCAGGUACUCGGUACUAUGGGUGAAAGUAGGAGCCGUCCGGGCACUAAGGAGUCAACCAAUGUCCACUGUACAGCACAGACUUCAUCCCCCCCUCCUUCCCCGUGGCUUGUCUCUGGCAUAACUACAAUUUAAAGGGGUACUCCACUGGGGGGGAAAAGUAAAAACAAAAAAAAUCAACCGAGGCCAGAAAGUUUUACAGAUUUGUAUAUUACUUCUAUAUAAAAAUCUUAAUCCUUCCAUUACUUAUCAGCUGCUUUAUGCUCCACAGAAAGUUGUGUAGAUCUUUCCAGUCUGACCACAGUGCUCUCUGCUGACACCUCUGUCCGUGUCAGGAACUGUCCGGAGCAAGAGAGGUUUGCUUUGGGGAUUAUUUUUUUUUUUCCUGUUCUGGACAGUUCCUGACACGGACAGAGGUGUCAGCAGAGAGCACUGUGGUAAGACUGGAAAGAUCUACACAACUUCCAUACAGCAGCUGAUAAGUACCGGAAGGAUUAAGAUUUUUAUAUAGAAUAAUUUACAAAUCUGUAUAAACUUUCGGGAGCCAGUUGAUUUGAAAACUUUUUUUAAUUUUUUUCCAGCGGAAUACCCCUUUAAGGCCAUGUUCACACACAUUUCCGAGUAGAAUCAGCAAAAAGAAUAGACAUGACUGGAAAUCCUAUUGAAAUGAGUGGGAUUCCGUGGAAUAUUCGGUCAUCUCUAUACUUUUUGACGAUUCCACCGUGUGAACGUGCCCUUACUUUUGCAAACUUAGCUUUCCUAACGUGGUCAAUAGUUUGGAUGAACCACAACCGGCACAUCGGUGGACGCCAUUGGUGUGUGAUUAUAGUUGAACCAGUGAUCUGUCCAGUGUUUCCCGACCACGGUGCCUUCAGCUGUUGCAAAACUACAACUCCCAGCAUGCCCGGACAGCCUUCGGCUGUCCGGGCAUGCUGGGAGUUGUAGUUUUGCAACAGCUGGAGGCUCCCUGGUUUGAAAAAAACAGACUUAGGUCAUAGCAAGUGGAGUGCAGAGGAUCCCUGGACAUUACUCGAUAUUGCUACUAUUGUAGCGCCCAUUAAUAUAGCGAAGUGUAGAAAUUAUGUAUAUAGAUGGUUGCCGUGAAGAGAACCGUAUCCUGAAAGGAAAAAAAAAGCCAAAAUUUUGGAUGUUCCCAUACGAGCGCUCACCUGACGAGAGCAUGAACAUGGCGGCCGGUAACCGCGUCCUGUAUAAAGGCUGUAGUUUCUCUUAAGUAUUAAGACUUCUCUUAUACUGUUUUUUUGUUGUUUUUUUGACACUUUACGGCACUGAAUAUAUUAUGUUUUUUAUGUUUCUGGAAAUAAAUCUUUAUCCUAAAAGAA